AUGAAAUCGAAAGUUAUGUUACUCUUUUUCUGUAUAGAAACAAUUAUUUUGCAAGCGACUGAGGCGAAUGAAGAAGUGCAAGUGACGACACUGCCUAAAGCAAUUGAAGGUCUAACCUGGGGAUAUUAUCAAGGUGGCAUUCCGCCACCAUUUUGGUCUUGCCUAGCAAAUUAUGAAAUGUGUGCUGGUACCAUGCAGUCCCCUGUCAAUAUUGAAACACGUCACGUGGUCAGAAACAACAAGAUUAGAAAGUUUUGUUUCUCAGGACUCCGAAAAACAGCAGGAAUAAAAAUGGAGCUAAAAAAUACUGGUCUUGCAGUUAAAGUACAGUUUCCCGAUGUUCAGCCAAUAAUUAAAGGUGGAGGUCUACAGGGACCCCACACACUUUUACAGCUCCAUUUCCAUUGGGGAGAUAAUAGUCAAAGAGGUUCCGAGCAUACAAUAAAUGGACAACAUUCUGCUUUAGAAGCACAUUUUGUGUUUGUUCCAACAAGAGAUGACCCAAAACAUUUUGCCGCAGUCAUUGGAGUAAUGAUUUAUGCUGGAAGUUAUAAUCCAAAUUAUGAACAUAUAGUUUCUAAGCUUAAAGACGUAAGAAAUAUUGGUGACAAGACAGUCCUGGACACUGUUCCAAUUAUGGAUCUGUUCCCGGAAUCCACUCGUUGUUGGUACCGAUAUUGUGGAAGUUUAACCACACCACCAUGUAGAGAGACAGUGAUAUGGACUGUGUUUGAACAAGGCAUUUCCAUGUCAGAAGACCAGAUCAGUGAAUUUCAGAAGUUGAUGGGAGAACCAGCAGUAUUUACAGAAGGGAAAAACAAUAUAGUUGAUACCUUUAGACCUGUUCAGCCAUUGUUACAACGCAAGCAAUUAUUGAAAAGAAACUCUGAUUUGAGAAGGAGAAAAGUAUGUCAGGUUCCUACUUUGAUUAGUGCACAUCCUCCAGUAGCAUCACACUCUGUUGUUGGUGUAAAAAAGCCAAAGCCUAGCCGUCAUAUCACCAUCACUGAUGUAGAAAAGAUUCAGAAAUGUUAUGGCCUCACACUUCCUAUUGGAACACGAAUGAUUGAACCCACAUAUGCUGCAUGCACUAGCUGCCUGAUUAAAAUUUCCAAGCAGUCCACAGAGAUAGAAGCUGAAAGUCUUGAUCAAGGAAAGUGUGAAGAUGACUAG